AUGGUAAUGGAGGAGGGGGGCCCGGGCCCCUCAAAGCCCGCAGGUGACAGGUACCCCCGGCAACGAGAGAAGAAGGACAAGCAGCAGGACAAGCAGCAGGCCUGCGAGGGAUUCAGUAUUAAAGCCAUGAUGAAAAACAGCGUGGUAAGAGGGCCCCCACCUGCAGGAUCAGUAAAACAAAGACCAGCAAAACGCACAGCUUUUCGCAAGUUUUAUGACAGAGGAGACUUUCCAAUUGCUGUUCAGCAUGAGUGUGCAGGAAACAAAAUUGCCUGGAAGGUAGAGAUUGAAAAUCUGGACUAUCAUUACUUUCUUCCUUUGUUCUUUGAUGGGCUUUGUGAAACAGAAUUUCCAUAUGAGUUUUUUGCUCGUCAAGGAUGCCAUGAUAUGCUGGAACAUGGUGGAAACAAGAUUCUUCCUGUUGUUCCUCAGCUCAUUAUCCCAAUAAAAAAUGCACUGAACCUUCGUAACCGACAGAUCCUCUGCACCACGCUGAAAAUCAUCCAGCACCUGGUGGUGUCAGCUGAAAUGGUGGGGGAGGCCUUGGUGCCCUAUUAUCGGCAAAUUCUCCCAGUCCUAAGCAUCUUUAAGCACAUGAAUGUUAAUUUAGGUGAUGGAAUAGAAUACAGCCAGCAGAAGCGUGAAAAUAUCGGAGUUCUCAUUCAAGAGACACUGCAACUCUUUGAACGCUACGGUGGAAAAAAUGCUUAUAUAAACAUUAACUACAUGAUCCCCACUUAUGAGUCGUGCAUGUAAACUGAAUUAUAUUAAAUGGGAUGAUUCCAUCUGUGCUCUAAAAAAA